UGAGAAAGAUGCACUAAAUAAAGAUUGAUUGGCUGGAAUCCUUUAGGGGUCUUCCACUUGUCUGUGACCUGGAGAGGAGGAAGAGAGAGAGAGAGAGAGAGAGAGAGAAUGCUUGACUGGGCCUCCUUUUUUCAUUGAUUUUUCUCCCUGGAAUGGAGCAUUGUUACCUAAAGCAAGAAAUAUGCUGUAUCUCCAGUAAUGACUGCAAUCACAGCGAAUUUCUAACAGCUUUAAACGUGAGACUUUUAAACUCUAAUAUAUUGCUAUAAUUAUGGUUGGCUCUUUUGGACGACUGCAGGAGACAACUGCAUCCAGGAAAAGAUUUCUUACUUGGCAUUGCAUUGAUUAAGCUCACUUUUUCAUGAAGAUGGCAGUGUGCAGGGUGAAAAAGAGCACGAUCCAUAUGUCAGUGGUCUAGGAUGGCCAGUGAAGGCUCCAAUAUCCCAAGCCCUGUGGUGCGUCAGAUUGACAAACAGUUUCUGAUCUGCAGCAUAUGCUUGGACCGUUACAAGAAUCCCAAAGUGCUCCCAUGCCUGCACACUUUUUGUGAGAGGUGUUUACAGAAUUACAUUCCAGCUCAUAGCUUAACCCUUUCUUGCCCAGUGUGCCGCCAGACAUCAAUUCUUCCAGAGAAAGGGGUUUCCGCACUGCAAAACAAUUUCUUCAUCACCAACCUGAUGGAUGUCCUGCAGCGAACUCCAGACAGCAGUAUUGAAGAGUCUGCCAUCUUGGAGACUGUCACAGCUGUAGCUUCAGGGAAGCCACUUUCCUGCCCCAAUCAUGAGGGAAAUCUGAUGGAGUUUUACUGUCAAUCCUGUGAGACAGCCAUGUGCCAGGAAUGUACAGAAGGGGAACAUGCAGAACAUCCAACUGUCCCUCUUAAGGAUGUAGUAGAACAACACAAGGCUUCUCUUCAAACACAGUUAGAUGCUGUGAACAAAAGGCUUCCAGAGAUAGAUACUGCAUUGCAUUUCAUAUCUGAAAUUAUCCACCAACUGACCAAUCAAAAGACGAGCAUUGUAGAUGAAAUUCAUUCCACUUUUGAUGAACUCCAGAAGACGUUAAAUGUUCGUAAGAGUGUGUUGCUUAUGGAACUGGAAGUGAAUUAUGGCCUUAAACAUAAAGUCCUGCAGAAUCAGCUUGAUACUUUAUUGGAGGGACAAGAAAAUAUUAAGAGCUGUAGCAAUUUUACUGCCCAAGCACUCAGUCAUGGAACCGAAACAGAAGUGUUACUUGUUAAAAAGCAAAUGAGUGACAAGCUAAAUGAGUUGGCAGAUCGAGACUUUCCUCUUCAGCCCCGUGAAAAUGAUCAACUGGAUUUCAUAGUAGAAACAGAAGGAUUGAAAAAAUCCAUUCAUAAUCUUGGUACUAUUUUAACCACAAAUGCAGUGGCUUCUGAAACAGUGGCCACAGGUGAAGGACUUAAGCAGACUGUGAUAGGGCAGCCAAUGUCAGUCACCAUCACAACCAAGGACAAAGAUGGUGAGCUCUGUAAAACUGGAAAUGCUUAUCUCACAGCAGAGCUGAGCACACCUGAUGGAAGUGUGGCAGAUGGAGAGAUACUUGACAAUAAAAAUGGCACUUACGAAUUUUUGUACACUGUCCAGAAAGAAGGGGACUUUACUCUUUCUUUGAGAUUGUACGAUCAACAUAUUAGAGGCAGCCCUUUCAAACUCAAGGUAAUUAGGUCAGCAGAUGUGUCCCCUACUACUGAAGGAGUUAAGAGACGUGUUAAGUCUCCUGGCAGUGGCCAUGUGAAACAGAAGGCUGUAAAAAGACCAGCUAGUAUGUACAGCACUGGCAAAAGAAAAGAGAAUCCCAUUGAAGAUGAUCUAAUCUUCCGAGUAGGUACCAAAGGAAGAAACAAAGGGGAAUUUACAAAUCUUCAGGGAGUAGCUGCAUCUACAAAUGGAAAAAUAUUAAUUGCAGAUAGCAAUAAUCAAUGUGUGCAGAUAUUUUCCACUGAUGGCCAGUUCAAGAAUCGUUUUGGUGUACGGGGAAGAUCUCCUGGUCAGUUACAGCGGCCUACUGGAGUAGCUGUGCAUCCCUGUGGUGAUAUCAUUAUUGCAGAUUAUGAUAACAAAUGGGUUAGCAUAUUCUCCUCUGAUGGAAAAUUUAAGACAAAAAUUGGAUCAGGAAAACUUAUGGGGCCAAAGGGUGUUUCUGUGGAUCGCAAUGGACACAUUAUUGUAGUGGACAACAAAGCGUGCUGCGUGUUUAUCUUCCAGCCAAAUGGGAAAAUAGUAACCCGGUUUGGAAGUCGAGGCAAUGGAGAUAAACAGUUUGCAGGCCCUCAUUUUGCAGCUGUCAACCACAAUAAUGAAAUUAUUAUUACUGAUUUCCACAAUCACUCUGUCAAGGUGUUUAACCAGGAAGGUGAAUUCUUGCUGAAGUUCGGAUCUAAUGGAGAAGGAAAUGGACAGUUCAAUGCUCCGACAGGAGUAGCUGUAGAUUCUAAUGGGAAUAUUAUUGUAGCAGAUUGGGGAAAUAGUCGAAUACAGGUUUUUGAUGGAAGUGGGUCCUUUUUAUCCUAUAUAAAUACAUCUGCUGAUCCACUUUAUGGCCCUCAAGGUUUGGCUCUUACCUCAGACGGUCAUGUUGUAGUUGCAGACUCUGGGAAUCACUGCUUCAAAGUCUACAGAUAUUUACAGUAAUGACUGGAGUUGGAUCAUGCUUAAGAAGUUACUAGCUGCUAAAGGCCAGUGUAGAUAACCUUCUGCUUCUUAAAUAUUUCUUCUAUUUCAUAAAUAUUUCAAGUUUAAAACUGAAGGAUCUCCAAUACUUUCAUUCUUUUAUUUUAUUCCAGACCUACCUUGUUUACGUAGGACUUGCAUAGAAUUUAUAUGCUCUGCACUGAACUUAUCACAAGGAUUAAUAGAUAAGACCUUAUUUCCCCUUUCCUCCCCCCCAAGAAACCCUUACAAAGCCAGUGGAAUACUAGAGAUAUAAACUGUGGCUUGUAGAGCAAGGCAGUGGGUUUAAAAGGAUACUUGAUUUAGAGGGAUUUAUUUAAGUGUGAAUGGGAAUAGUUGUUUAAAUUUUCACAUUUGAAAAUUCUUACUAUUAAUAAUUAUUUAAUCCAGCAGGACGUCUGGGAAUCUUAUAGAUCACAUUGUUAUAGUUAGGUAUUUCCCUUGUAUAACAUUAUUCAGACUUAGUAACUUUAGUAAGCAGUUUCUUUUAGUUAAAAAAAAGAUGUGAGUAACCCCAUCUGUGCUAAUUGGCAGACUGAACAACUUAAUUUUUAGCAUUAUAAGAACAAACACAGAUUUCCUGUGCUGUGUGGAUUGAUGUACAUAUUUAACAAAUUUUCUACUGCCAAUAUAUUGUUGAGAUUUUCUUGAAACCUGAAACUUUACCAUGGAAAUGUACGAUAAUGUAACUGCUGAUAGUUUGUAGAAUCAAGUUCCAGUUAACAUCAGCCUAAUUCAUUAGAAAAUUUGGAGACAGUUAUAUCGCUUUAGCUAAUUUCACAACUGACAUUUAUGCUUCAUAUAUGUUCUUACAGUGGUUAUGAAAGCAGUCUGUUUUAUUCAAUUGCUUGUUUUUGCACAGGAAAACAAGCCUUAUGUGUAUCCCAUUGGAAGUCUUGUCUUGUAUAACCAAAGGAAGUUGGGGUAGGUGACAGAUUUUGCGGUGGAAGUCAAGUGUUACCAAAGCAGGUUUUUUUUUUUAAUUUCAAAAAUAUUGUUGACUGUUGUAACAAUAUACAUAAAUGGAGGAUAUUGAAGAGACUUAAUUAAUGUGAGGCUAUGUUGGGAUUCCAAAAAGGCUCAUAAUUUUCUUUGUUAAAUAUGUGGAUAAUGUAAACAUUUAAAAAAAAAGAAUUAUAACCAUAGGCAAUUUUGAUGUACAUAUUUAGCAAUUUUCCUAGUGCCCUUUCUUGAAAUCUGAAAUUUUACUUGUAAAGCAAGUAAAAUUUUCUUCUGUUAUGCCUGCUUCUUGGUACAAGUCUUGUGAUUCCCAGUUAAUCGGAUUCACAUCAGAGUGGAAAGUAUGUUUCAUUUUUAUUUCCAACAACUUUAAGGGACUUAAUUUUGAAUAAUGUUCAGACCAAGACCAAGAAUAAAGCUGCAGUCAACAGCAAACAAUGUGAUACAAUUUUUUUUACCACCAGCUUUAUGCAAGCAAGUACUAGUCAGAGUACUGUCAACAUCUGAAAUAAUCUUGUAUUUCUUAUUUCAAUCAUGGUGUCAUCUAAAUAUUUCUCAGCUACAGUACUGGAAUAGGUGGAGUCCAAUAUUUCAUCUAAAAUACUGAAAUAAUAGAUUUAAUUGGAAGAAAAUAAAAUUGUGUAGUUAAUACUGGUGCUAGUUAAUUACCUACGUUUUGAAAUAUAACUAUUAAAUAAAAAAAAGAUUAAAUAUCACUCUUACCUAAAGUAAUGAUAAAUAUUGUUUUAAUCCUUAACCAAUAAUUUUAAAUAAUGUUCUAAAAUAAUUAUCUUAAAAUGAAUAAUGCCAAGAAUCUAAUUUAAGAGUUCUUGUAUAGACAAAGAAAUAUCUGCAGAGGCAUUACAGACUAAAUAUUAUUUGUUCUGGACACUGAACCAACUUGAAAGCCGUUUGAAUUCUAGGGGGAACUGGAUUUCCUGUUUAUGAUUUUAUGCAUAUUUAUAUGAACAAUAAGAAAAAAUGUAAUUGUUACUGAGUUUCUAAUAUGAAAGGAAUUUACAAAUUGUUCAAAAUGUUAUUGUUAUAAACUUGACCAAGGCACAUGGUCAUACCAGUCUGGCUUAAAGUUUAAGAUGCUAAUGCUUUUGUAAAGAUAUUCAUGUGAUAAAUACAAAUAUUUGCUUGAAUUUUGAAAAAGGAUACUGAGCCAAAUCCUUCAGUGACCUAAAUGGAAAUGUUUCUAGUAAAAAUCUGGGAUAGUUAGAUUCAUUUUAAUGAAACUUACUGUAGUUCCCAGUUCAUUAUAUAAGGCAAAAGAAUAGAAGCUAAAUUGUCCUAAAUUGAUACAUAUAUAGUAUUUCCUGCAUGCAGGCAUGUCCAUGCAUUCCUUAAAAUGCUUUCCUAAAAUAAUAGUUUCUCAGUUCUGAUUAAAAUUAGCAAUGCUUAGUGAUACUUGACUCAAAUUUGAAUUAUUGCUUCCUUCCUUUGAAACUAAGCUAUCAUUUGUUAAGGGUGAUGUGGCCUUCCCUGCCUUGAUAAAUUAUUAAUUUUUUUAUUAUGCAUGUUAUUAUAAACUGAUGCUGAACUAGAGAUCUGUUGAAUACCUGUUUGAUCUUAGCUAAAAAGCCAGGAAGUGAUGAGGCCUGUUGAAUUGUAGAUCCUUGCUAGAAGUUGAAAGUACAGAAUCAUUAGACAGCUAUGAGGAAUAAGGCUAGAAUGAAUCUGCUCUAACAGUGAGUGUUUGAAAAACGCCUAGUCAAAAUUAAAUUCUUUCUUGUUCAUCUAUUUUCCAAAGCUACUAAGGCUGUCCUCUGGCCAGUUAACCAAUUAGAGAUUACUAUAAAACUUGCAGUAUUGCAGAACUGCAUAUAAAAGAAACUGAUUUGGAUCUAGAUAAACAUUUACACGAAUAGAAGUAUUUGCUCUUCUAUUUAUUAUGUGUAGGUUCAGCCCAAAUCUGUGACUUUGCCAAACCGACAGUUACAUUUUAAGGUAUAUCUGCACUGCAAAUGGUAACUGAAUUAACAGAUUCUGGGAGGCUGGAUUGUUUUAGUUUAUAUUUGCAGGACAGACAUCCCUCUUGUAUCAAGUGGUGCUUAUAGCUGCAGUAAUGAGCAAGGCAUAUGUGUUUAUUCAAAGUAAAAGCUUGCUUGAUACAAGUUUUUAAAAAAUUGUUGAUUCAUUUUUGGAUAAACUUGCAAAGUGUAUAUUGGAAGGUUUUUAACUGUAAAAAAGCUGUUAAAAUUAGUUAAGUUUUUACAUUGAUUUAAAGUUUCAGCAAUGUAAUGAGAAAAUGUUCUCCAUUGUUGUUGACCUUUGUAAACAUUACAGGGCUUUCAACUUUACAGCUACUUUUUCUUUGAGAUAACUGAGGAUCUAGCAUUGCCAUAUGAAAAAAGUGCCCAUUAAGUUAUGCUUGUUCUGUGAAGAAAUGAUAGCAAAGAACAAAGUAAUGCUAUCCAUUGAAAAUGUUAUUAAACUGUGAGCAGUGAUUAAAAAUAUGUGUUUGGAAGAAUGUAUGAAAGAUACUUUUUUUUCCUAUAGUGUAGAAUGAUUCCUAAUUGUUGGUAGCUUCUAAUGAAUGUACAACAUAUAAAUGGAUGUCUGUGCACAGCCUUAACAUCAAAAGUUUGCUUUUUUUUUCUUUAUGACAUGGGAAUGUUCCAUAAUAUGCAGCAUCCCAAUGCUUGCAACUGAACUGUUUCACACAUUGUAUUCUUCAGGUUCUUGGAAUGAAUUAAUUUUAUUGUUGUUUUAUACAUUCCAGCUUUGUAAGUCAGUGUCAUCCCUGUUUCAUUUUUAGGUACAGAAAGUUAUUAAGCCUCAUGUUUUCUGAAAAUAAUACUGAAAUAUUGUAGGACUUCCUUUACUUCUUAUGCUCCCUUAUUAGUUUUAAUAGAUGUAUAAUCUCUGUCUAGUUAAGGCUGAGGAUGAAAGCUGUUCAUUGAAGAAUGUCUGUAUGUAGAUUUAGCUUCAUGUGUGCCAUGGUAUUUUUUAUGCUUUAUCCUACAAAGAGAGCUUAAAAAAAGCCUUUUACCUUAUUUUGGAACAGUAAUAAAAACAAAGUCAAAUGUGUAUCUUUAUCAUGCACAGCCCCCCAAAUAAAAAUGAAUGAAAA